AUGGUCGCCAAUACCUCAAGCGGCUUUCCUUAUGAAGCAUGUCUGAUGCCUAACCUUCCAGAAAACCAGCAGCAACAGAUGCGAGACUUCACCAACUACUUUGUUCGGCCUCUUGGCAUGUUGAUUGCUCUCAUGUCGUUUGUCAGCAACUCGCUUGUGAUCAUCACUGUAGCACGAAAGAAAUCGCUUCAGCAGCNCUUCACCAAUUACUUUGUUCGGCCUCUUGGCAUGUUGAUUGCUCUCAUGUCGCUUGUCAGCAACUCGCUUGUGAUCGUCACUGUGGCACGAAAGAAAUCGCUUCAGCAGCCUUCAAUGUUAAUGCUGAGCAGCUUGGCCGUCACUGACUUCCUAUAUGCACCAUAUGCUCUUUUCAGAGAUAUCACGACUUUAACCCAUGAACACAUGUGCCCCAUUGGUCAGUCCGGCGAAUCACAUUCGAUGUCAGUCCUGUGCCUACUCGCCACGCUGACUAAUGUUGCAGUGAUCAGUAGAGACCGUUACCUAGCAGUCAGGAAGCCCUGGUGGUAUCGUCAUCACGUGACCAAGUCACGUGCUAUAAAGAUGAUAUGUGUAGCCUGGACAAUUAGCAUAUUGAUAGCGCUUCUAUCUUUCUUUCAAUUGGAGUUUAUUCCCAAUGCCUCAUACAUUUCUCUCGUUAUUUAUUUUGUUUGCUUCUUUAUCAUUGGGUUUUCUUAUCUCGGCAUAUUCUUGAAGAAAAAUCAACCUGGAAACGGCGGACAGAUGAAUGUCGCGUCACAAAGGGAGAAACGGUUAGCUAACACUGUUGCGUUAAUACUAUUGGUAUUGUGUCUGACAUUUCUACCAGGUCUCAUUUUACCUUUAGCAUUGCACAUAGCAGGCUUACAAAGACUAAAACCGUUUAGGCCUUUUUACGUCUUCCUUCUCUUGCUUAAUGGAUUUCUUAACCCACUGGUGAAUUUCGGUCGAAGUAACGAAAUGCGAAGAGGAUUAGGUGAGUUGUUCAAGUGUUCCCGAGAAGUACAGCCUGCAGUCGUCGCGACUAACAAUGCGACCGAGAGUGGGUCUGUAUCAUAG